UUAUAAAUGUUAUAAAUACGUAGAUUAAAUAUGGUCGCAGAGCUGUGAAAGGGAUUUGAAGAAUAAUGGACUCUAAAAAGAUAUCAUUCGGGUUUAGCAAAAUAUCCAAAAAUAGCAAUUUGUUACCAAUAAAUAAAGGAAAGGAAAAAGUAGAAACCAAAAUUGAGCUUAUAAAAUGUUUAGAAGGUCAAGAAAUAAAAUUAGUGGAAGAGAAGAAACCCGAAGCUUUAAUAGUUAUACCUUUAAAGGAAAAUACCAAAACUUCUGCUGCACUCGCCAGUUUGAUUAAAAGACGCGCUGUUUUAUUAGGCGAAGCAGACGAACCGCCGCCUGAAGAACCCGUAUGCAAAGAAGUCUCUACCACAACCAAUGGCAAAAGUGGAUAUGCCAACAGUGAGAGUUUGGAAGAAAUGGCCGCACGCGAAUUACUAGCUUCAGUACAAAAUAACGGUAGCGAGCCAGUUGACCAAAAUCUUGUGCUGCCUGCUUUGAAAGCAGACGAGUUACCACUUGAGGGCGCUAAACAGUCGUCAAUGGACGAUUAUGAGAGUAUCCCUAUAGAACAAUUUGGUAAAGCUAUGUUACGGGGUAUGGGCUGGGUAGAGCCCGUUCAAAAAAAAGGUAAACCGACAGAAGAUGAAAUGCCAUUUGUUCGUCCAAAGGGAAUGGGUUUGGGUGCUGAUAAAGCACUAAAGAAGCAGCCUUUACUAGUAGCUCCCGAAAAGAAUGAAGUGCUUGAAGUCAAAAAACAGGCGUAUGUGCGCAUACUGGGUGGAAAGCAUAAAGACUUGUAUGGUCAAAUAGAGGGUUUCGACGAUCAUGCUGGACGCGUGAUUGUCAAAAUGGCAAUCGGCGGAGCUAAAGAAGCAUUUAACGAGUUUUUAUGUCAACCAGUAUCUAGAAAAGAGUUCGCACAAUACGGAAAAUGCAUCAAUACAGCGAAAUAUGAAGAAUAUAAAAGAAUGGAAAAUGAACAUGGACAAAUUGUUAUUAAAAAGGAGGAAACCGAUACAAAGUUAAGUGGAUAUAAUAAAAAGAGCGAAUAUAAAAACGAAGUUGACGACAACAGCAAAUCUGAAAAUAAUGGCAGAGAUACCCGCGAUGAAAGGCGAAUAUAUAAUUGGCCCAUAUCGAAAUCGACACAACAAAGCAAGUACGAGAGCGGAAGGCAGCGUUGUGAUAAUCAGAGCAGUUCCCGCCGUCGUCACUCCAGUAAUGGUGACCGCGAAGAAGACACCAGACGACGUGAUGAUUAUAAGAGUAGCAACUCGCGACGUUAUGUGUUAGAUGAGCAACGCAGUAGCUCUAGUCGUCGAGAACGUUACGAUGAACGCCGCAAUGAUGAAGGUAAACUCAAGCGUACAUCAAGGGGCACCAGUCGGACAGAUUAUGAACAGCAGCGUAUGCCAUCAGCUAGUGGUAGUAGCAGACGUCAACAGUACACCGAUGAUACCAGUGCUUCUUCAGGUACGGACAGCGAUUCAGACUCGGCUUAUGAGCGUAAGCAUAAAAAGAAAUCAAGCCACAAGUCAAAAGCUAAAAAGAAGGAUGGUAAAAAAUCGAAACGUAAGCACCGACAUAGAGCAACCGACACAGAGAUCUCAUCGAACAGCGAUAGUGAAGAGGAUGAAGAUUCAAAUCGAAAUAGGCGAGAAAAGAAGCAGCACAAGAAAAAGACGAAGAAGAGCAAGAAGCCCCGUUCAAGGUCCCGUUCACAUGACCGUAGCAGCAGGAGGUGACUUUUGCUGAAGCGAUAAUGAAUUCCAUACGUAAUUUGGUUUAUGCUUAAACCAGAGUCAUUAGAAUCUUAUAUGAAAAUGAAACUCAUUUGAUCACAAUUAUUUGAGUAACCGUCAUUAUAAUGUAAAAACGUAUUUACUAAUUUUUUAGGUAUUAUAUGUAUUUAAUAUUUGUGAAAUAAUCGUGUUUGUAUUUAAAUAUGUAUUUCGCCAGUAGGAAAAAUGCUUAACUAUACUUUAGGGUUCGAACACUUAAUUUCUUUCACAUUAAAUAAAUCACAAUUACAAUGAGA